CCGACGAGACGAGGACCCGCUUCAGCCAAACGGAGCAGAGCUGGGAUAGCUCAGAGUCUUCAGUCCUACAACGAUCAUUUGUGUACUUUAAAAAGGAAAAAUAAUGAACGUGUUUUUGUCAGUUAAAUCUGCCGAGAUCAUUUUUUCUUUCUUUUUCAGUUAUUUUAGUCAAAUUCACUCUGAUAUCAGGUGUACAUCUGCUUGAUGAAAUCGUAUAUAAACUCACCGCGUUAAGCUGUAAAGCAUAAGAUUCCCUCUUUGGUCCAUUAAUAAAUUCCAGUAUGUUUUCUGUUCUCUUUGACUGAGAUUAUAGCCAAAGUAACACAGUGAAUUGUAUUACCUAGUACAGCUAGAGGGGGGAAUGGGCAUCAAAACACAGAAAAGAUCUUUUCAAAUGUAGCAGAAUGUGACUGAUUCUUCGUUGAAGCCGUUUAUUUUAGUUUUCCUCACCACAGAAGUGCUUGCAAAGACAAGAGAACACAUGCCUACAUUGUAAAUCUAAAGCUAAUUACCAACAGUGUGAAAAGAGGACAUCUUUGUACUCUAACAGUAUUUCAUCUCAAACCAAAAUGUGACGUGUGCCGAGCCAUUAUUUAUCAGUAAUUUAAAAAUCUUUGGCCUCUGCUCUUUGCUGGAUUUCAGCUGAUUUUUCCUCAGAGGUUUUGUAACAUCAUGUAGCAUCUACUCAACUUUGCAAAACUGAAGAUUGGAAUAAUAAAAUGAAGUGUACAGCUCUGAACAACCAGAGACAAAGAACCUGCUCCUCGGUCCUGUUCGUGCCUCUGCAGCAGAGAAGGGAGGCCUGGCCAGUGAUGCCUGAGAGUAUGGACCCCAGCCUCGGGGUGUGACGAGUUGGAACAGAAGGAAAUGCACUGACCCACUUAUGGCUUCCCUGGAGACACAGAUAUUUCCAACCACAGGCCCAUCAUGCAGGAGCCCCGCACUGUUUUGACCUGCUGACACUAAAACCUUCUGUACCCACAGUGGUCCAAAUAUGGAAUCAAAGUGGUUUUAGUGAUUUUCCAGUGUCCAGAUGCAUCUGGCUCAAAGUCUUUACUUUAGUGGAGAGCCGAACUUUAAGUCACCUGAGUGACUGCGGCGUUUUUAUUCAUACUGUAAACGGUGAUGGAGAUGACAAAGCACGGAACUAUUUUGAGGUGGCAAUAGCGACCUCUGCUGGAAACCUCUUGAUAUAUACAACCAAUUUUAUCAGCACAUCCACGAAGGAACUAAAAAAAUAUGUUUGUGUUGUUUUGCCUCUUUUUAUUUUCUUUCUCUUUGUUUUAAGGGAAACCGUGAAACUAUAAAAUGUAAAUAUAAUUAUUAUCAGAAUAUUAUUUAUGUUAAUCAAUAAAACGCAGGAGAUCGACGUGGUGGGGCUGAGUGCUCAGAAAUGGCACCAAACUUUUAUUUUAUUUGACAUUUUAAACAUGACAUAUUUAGCCGAAUUAAUUCUCGGGGUUCAAACAGCGGGGUUAAAGCUCCAAAACCCUCCACGGAAAAACGCAGCAGGUGUUCCUGAUUGGAGACCGGCAGGUGAAGUAACGACGGAGCGGAGAAGGACGUCUCGUUUGACUGCAAAUAUAACGCCAGCGUAUCCUGCAUAUACCCACAAAUCGUUACUGCAAUGAGCUUAACCGGCUUGAAGCUUCCCGUGGCUCUGCUGCUUUUCCUCGGGUUCACGUUGGACGGGGUUGAGGGAACCUGCAGUGUGGAGCAUUGCACUGACCCCACAAGAUGCGUCCUGUCUAAAGACCAGAGGAGCUGCAAAUGUGCUCUCGGCUUUUAUGCUGACAAGUGUGACCGAAAUGCACAUCUCAAGGUUAUGUGUGGUAAAGACCACGUAGCAAUCAGAGCAGCUGAAGCUUUCUUCGAGUAUCACGGCGUGCCACUGGAAUCGCUUCACUUGCCAAACAAAUCUUGUGGCGCUAAGAGAGAGCAUGUCGACGGUGUCCCGUACUACGUGUUCAGGGUUUCCAAACACAAAUAUGUGACCUGUGGGGGACUGCCGUUUGAGAAAAAUUUAACUCACAUCUGGUUUUCCCUGAGUGUGAGGUCAGACCCUCGGGUUACUGGAAACAUCAUUAGAGAUCCAGUUAUCAGGAUGGAUUUCACGUGCGUGUAUCCAUUCAUCAGAAGAGUCAGUCUGCCUUUUUCAGUUUCACCAAUCUCCAGCGAGACGGUGAUGCGAGUAGACGAAGUUGAAGCCAAGAUACGGAUGAUGUUGUACACAGACCACACUUACACUAAACCUUACACGAGCUCUCCAACCAUUGAACUCCGAGACAAGGUAUAUGUCGAGGUUACAAUGAUGGAGCCUGCAGAGUUAUUUCUGCUCCGAGUAAGCGAGUGCUGGGCCACACAGUAUCCCCAGCCGAACUCUACAGAGGGAUCUGUUCACUUUCUGCUUCAGAAUGGGUGCGUGAAGGACCAAACGGUUUCCUUCCUUAAUAUAACCGAGGGACAGUCUGGACGCAAUGGGCAGAACUCCACCGUCCGCUACAGCUUCGACAUGUUUCGCUUCACAGCAGAUCCCCAUGACCUCUACCUGCACUGCACCGUGCAGCUGUGUGAGCUGGACGACCACGAGUCCUGCGUUCCCAAUUGUAACUCGAUCAGUAAGAGAGAAGCAGUGAGAGCAGACCCCGAUCAGGGUCUCCUCACCUAUGGACCCAUCAGGAUCGAAGUACCAGACAGAUCUCAGUCCAUUUCAGGUGUGCUGUUGGCGGUGGUGCUGCCCGUAGCAGCUGUGUGGACUCUCGGCUUCUUCCUCAUCAUCCUCAUCACUGUGGCCAAGGCUGGCAGAAAGAGGCUAGCGAAAAUAGAGGAGCACUGAUGACAAUGCUGCUGGCAGCACAAAUAAAAC